UGCGGGAGCCGGCCUGGGAACGCCUCCCGCGCGCUCCGCCGGGCCGCCUGGCACACAGCGGUUGACUCAGCCCGGCAGAGAGCCGCCAGCGGUGCCCUCAGCAUGGAGAGCCAGCCGCGCAGCCCCGCCAAGGAGCCCGAGAUCGAGCUCUUUGUGAAGGCUGGCAUGGAUGGAGAAAACAUUGGAAAUUGCCCCUUCUGUCAGCGCCUCUUCAUGGUGCUGUGGCUCAAAGGAGUCAAAUUCAACGUGACCACAGUGGACAUGACCAGGAAACCUGAAGAGCUAAAAGAUUUAGCACCAGGCACCAACCCACCCUUCYUGCUGUACAACAAGGAGCUGAAAACAGACUUCAUCAAGAUUGAGGAGUUCCUGGAGCAGACCCUUGGCCCACCCACGUAUCCACAUCUGAGCCCCAAGUACAAGGAGUCCUUCGAUGUUGGCAGUGACAUCUUUGCCAAGUUCUCAGCAUACAUCAAGAACCCGCGCAAGGAAGCAAAUAUCAAUUUCGAGAAGGCCCUGCUGCGGGAGUUUCACCGCCUGGAUCUCUACCUGAACACCCCUCUCCCUGAGGAGGUCGACCAGGACAGCAUGGAGGAUGUCACAGUCUCCAAGAGAAAAUUCCUGGAUGGAGACCACCUGACACUAGCUGACUGCAACCUCCUGCCCAAACUGAACAUUAUCAAGAUCGCAGCCAAGAAGUACCGUGACUUCGAGAUCCCAGCAGACAUGACGGGUGUCUGGCGCUACCUGCACAAYGCCUAUGCCUGCGAUGAGUUCAGCCACACGUGUCCAGCAGAUGAGGAGAUAGAGCGCACCUACGCCAGCGUUGCCAAGAAGAUGACCUAGUGCAGCUGCUGGGAGCCUGCUGGCCCCAUCCAGACCCCCUGUGUCUCCGUAUUCCUGACACAACCAAAGCCCAGCUGAGAGAGAAACUGUCGUUAGCCACCGUCUUUUCGGAAAGAGUGCCUUGCUUCACAGCCACUGCUGUUCUCUACUCCUCUGCUGGCUGGCCACAGUCCAAAUGUGCCCUCAGCGUGUGUAUGGCCUGCUCACCACCUGGCUGCAGUUUCAACUGCUUCCCCGUUCACCAAAACCAGAUUUCCUUCUGGGACUGCCAUAUGGCCUGGAACUCCACGUCACAGGAAAAUCYGAGCACCAGCCUUUUGUACCAGCACCUGUGGUGGAAGAGAUGAGAUUCCCCAAAGAGUCUUGGCAACUACUGCUGUAUCAUCCACUGCUGGAACUGCAUGGGCAUCUAGUGCCCUGCUCUGCCUGGCCCUGUGCUCCAUGGCUGCCACUUAAACUGCACAGCAAUCAAAGGACAAAGCACCCAGGUCUCCAGGGAUGCUGGCACAUCACAGAUUCAUGGGAGAUGUAGCUGGUUGAACUCACCCAGACGUUCCUCUGUGAGAGCUGUAGCUAGUGCCCCUUCCACUAAGGCAUCCACAUUAGAGCUGAAGACCCCUAGAGAUUCUGCUCUCUGUAGUUUAUUGCAGUGAUUAACUACCCUCACUUCUAAAGAAAUAAUUACAAUGUGCAUCUAAUUCUUGUUGUGAUGUAGGGGGCAAGUAGAUGCUAGGGAUGAUGCUUGUCGUGAGUGUGCCAGGACAGGUCUCAGGUUGGGAAGGAGGUGCAUGGGGGCUCAGCAGAGAGCUCAGAGCAUGGGGAUCUCCUCAGUGUACUGGGAUCUCAUUGCAGACCAGCCUGGUGCAGAGCAUUCUUUCUGAGCACGCUAGAAGUACUGAACACCUGAGUCCACAUGCAACUGGUGUAAAGCCCCACCAGGCUACUGUCUCUGCCUCACCUCUCACCAUAAGAGAUGCAGCCACAUGCAUCUCUACCAUCACAUCACUAGUCCUCACCAAAAGUGUACCUGUCUGAUCUGCAGAGGUGUAGGGUAGGACAUUCAUGUAGUUUCCACACCCCAGGACCAGUCAGCCUGAGAAAGCAGGCAAAAUCUGGCUUGCAAAGCAUUAUUUUUGCAGAAGAUACUUGGGCAUGUUUAAUGCCAGCCCAUCCUCCUUGGCUCUUUUUUAAUACCUUCCCAUCCAGCAUCUUUGAUGCAAGAUGAAUCAUAGCCACCCUGCAUUCCCAUCAGAUACCUCCAGCUCCCCAGGCCUCCUGCCAGCACCUAUUGAGUUCAGCCAUCCCUUCUAGUCUUUUGCCAAUGGAAUUAAUUAAUUAAUUAAUUAAAUACUGUAAUAUGGGUGUACCAGGCUCUAUAGAGACAGAAAUGGCAGAAUCACCCGCUGUGUCUCACUACCGCUUCCCUCUUUGUACUAAAA